GAAGAAGAUAGAGAGAGAGAGAGAAUGCAGAUUCGGGUGAAGUGCAGUUGCGGGGAGAGCAACUGCCCAGAAUGGGCGGUGGUGGAAUUGCAAGGGAUGGUGGAGGUUCAGUCCCAAUUUCAAGAUCGCCUCCACAACCUCCACAUCGGCCUCCUCUGCCGCCCUUCCGCCUCCUCCCAGGACCAAACCUACACAUUUACUAUUGGGUAUCACGAAUUGACAGGGACCAAACAGCCCUUGAAGAAGCCACUCUUGGUCUUAAGGAAACUCAAGCCCUCCCGAGACGCAGGGGUAGAAUUGGAAGUCAUCGGAAUUAUUCGCCACCGGAUUCUGUUCAAGACCAGACCUAUGGCCCUCAUUUCCAAACCACAACCAGCAGUGAAGAAGAAUAAGGGCAGCGGGCAAAUAGCAGCUCAGUUCAACUCCGUGCCUUGAAAAACUGAAGCAGCUUCUUCAAAUGUAUUCCUUGCAAAGGAUGUCAAAGAAGGGAAACAAAUGUAUUCAAAUGAUCCAAUGUCCCUAUUAUUUAUGUGUUAUUAUUAUCAUUAUUCAAA